GUAACCGUAGGCUCGCUGGGAAGUAGAGUCUCGUCACUGCAUCUCCCAUUUUCCACAGGUUUCGUGAAUCGCGAGAUUUACAUAGGCGGGUUGGUGUGUGGCAGCAUUUUUCUGCCAGACGAACUGAACAAUACUGAUAUGAAAUCUGCUUAAAGUAGCCUUUGACUUUCUGGAGGCAUGUCCAAGAAAAGGGGCAGAAAGCGGAGUAGCGGGGAGCUGAGUGACACACUGACCCCAGAUCCCAACAGCAUUCUGGGAGUCCGCAUUCAGCAUAACUGGCGCGAGAAGGGGAACCAGAGCAAAUGGAAGGGAACAGUACUCGACAGGCUUAGUGUGAACCCUUCUCUCUUCAUGGUGAAGUAUGACGGCUUUGACUGCGUCUAUGGCAUCGAGCUGUUUAAGGACGACAGGGUGUCGAACCUGCAGGUCCUGUCGGAAAAAGUCGUAAACAACAAGAUCAAGAUGCCUCCAGGGGCGGAGGAGCUGGUGGGCAAAGCUGUGGAGCAUCUGUUUGAAAAGGAGGAUGGAGAGAAGAACGAGUGGAGAGGCAUGGUCCUCUCUAGAGCUCCAAUCAUGACCAACUGGUAUUAUAUCACUUAUGAAAAGGACCCCGUGCUUUAUAUGUACCAGCUGUGGGACGACUAUGCUGACGGAGACCUCAGGAUUCUGCCUGAAGCAGAAAACAAACACCUGUUGCCUGCAGACAGGAAGCCCGGAGAAGAGACGGAGAGUCUGGUGGGGAAACAGGUGGAGUAUGUUACUGACAAGGGUGUGAAGAGAACCGGCCUGGUCAUCUACCAGGUCCCAGCCAAGCCCUCUGUCUACUAUAUCAAAUAUGAUGAUGACUUUCAUAUCCAUGUCUAUGACCUGGUGAAAACCACCUAGAGAUACUGUAGUGGACACUUUAUCUCCCUCUCUCCAGCCCCCUCCACCCCUCCAUCUGCUUCUGUUCCACUCAUCGUUAUAAUCGGUUAUCCAAAGCCAUGCAGGGUUGAAUAGUUAUAUGCUUUAUUGUUCAGAAGAAAGUGCAAUCUGUUUUUCAUAUGCACAGCAGAACUGUAGCACCGCUAUACAUGGCUAUUUCGAGCAGAUGGGAGAUUUUUUUUUUGCUGCUUUACUUUAUACUUUAAGUUUGGACAGUCCAAGAUUGCACUGCCCAACAGCGGCAAAGGGCAGUUGUUACUGCAUUUGUAUUGUUGUCCUUGAUAUACUUGUUGAUCAGUCCUUAAAGUUAUUAUCUUAAUUAAAUCCCAGUAUGACUAAAAAA